UUACAAGUUACAAUCUUGUCGCAUCCAUUUCAGUGAUCCACAUUCAAGCCCAAGGCGGGCGGAUCAGUGGUAGCGCCUGCAUGCUCGUUGCUCGUUGCUCAUGAAUGCACGAACACGAAGAGCUUCUAGGGGCAGAGAACUCUCGUUGCCUGAAGGGCAGAAUUGAGCUUCUAGCAUUCUGCUUUGCGGACUGUCCCGCUAUUGCAGCUCAAAUCUUGCGCACGUUGUAGUGGCACUGACGGAGCGGCAUUGAUUGAAGCAGAGAGUCAAGCAGAUUGAUUCUGUCGCUACCACCACCGCAUAUUCAAAAGAUGGCUACCUCAGCACUGAAAUUGCAGAUUACGGCCGGGGCAUGCCAGUGGGUCAAUACAUGGCAGACACGGUCCGGGGAUCAGUAUCUGAAGUCAACGCGUCCCAGAACGAUUUUGAAUGAAAAGAAGUUCCUUGGAAGUGGUGGCAAACUGUCGGAGAAUGUUGCCAGGGAGAAGGUUUAUCAACAACAGAAGAGAAGCCUGGUUCGCUCCAGACAAAGCCCAAGCGGGGCUGGCCAAAUGCUGGUGUACGUCCCCCCACACCCGCUCAUCAAACACUGGAUGGCGGUCCUUCGGAACAAGGACACCCCGCAGCCAAUCUUUCGUAGCGCGCUCGCAGAACUGGGCCGGUGCCUGAUCUACGAAGCGCUCCGGGACUGGCUGCCUAUGAUCGAAACACAGGUUGAGACGCCCUGCGGAGUCGCAGACGUGGCCUUCAUCGACCCCACGGAGCCUGUGAAAGUUGUUCCCAUUUUGAGGGCUGGCCUGGUGCUGAUAGAGAACUCCACCACCCUUCUUCCUGCCAUGCAAACAUACCACCUAGGAUAUGCUCGCGAUGAACGGACGUUAAAACCUCGCCUCUAUCUCAACAAGCUUCCGCCAAGCUUUCCGCAAGACUCCCGGAUUCUUCUAGCGGACCCAAUGCUUGCGACAGGUGGAACGAUUGUAGCUGCGAUCGAAGAGCUAAGAAGUAGAGGAGCGGACGUCCGACUCAUGAGAGUGGUUUCGGCUGUCUGCGCUCCCCCCGCCUUGAAGCUUUUGAGCGAAAGGUACCCAGGUUUGAAGGUGUACACUGGCAUCAUCGAUCCAGAUCUGAACGACUAUGGGUUCAUUGUCCCAGGCCUCGGCGAUGCUGGUGACAGGAGUUUUGGAACCUAACGAGAUGUACCUUCUGUUUUGCUGGAGCUUUCUCAGCAUCUGCAAGGUGCCCAACUCAGAAUUCUUGAGGGACUCGGAGGUGCUCAUUGCGGAACUCUUGUCGGGGGCUUCUCCCAGCAGUCAUAAGAUGGCUCGCUCCUGCGGACAGAGUUCCUCUUUGUCUGCAAGUAAGGCAACUUGCCAUCACGAUACGCCUUGUUCCAGUGGCUGCAUAAGAAGAUUGAAAUGCUUUGAUGCUGCUCUGCAAUGGCUC